AUGAACGAAGAGGUGUUUAAUGAAGAAGAGAAAUGUAUAUAUCAAAAGUCCCAUUUUGAAGAUAAAGAGGAUUUCAUGGCAAAUCUCGAGAUUAUCAUUCAAAAUAAAGCAAGCACUCAGGAUUGUUCAAAAGCACUUGUUCGUCUCGGUGAUGUCUUAGAUUUAUACCAAGAACAACCUCAUUUAUUAGAUCCUUUUUUGGAAUCUUUUAUUCAACCUGUCAUGCAGACAUUACGAGAAAAUAUUGACAGCUGGCUGCAGGAAAAUGGAGCCAAUAAAGGUGUGCCUGAAGAUACCAUUCGCUUAUUUCGCUUUUUGUAUCUCCUCACAAAAACAAGAGGAUAUAAAACUAUUGUCAAAUUUAUGCCACAUGAAGUAACUGAUUUGGAGCCAGUUUUUGAAUUUUUAUGCAAACAAGACAUCACUGGUAGCUCUUGGGAGUUGAGAUACAUCUGCUUUAUAUGGUUAUCACUUAUUUGUAUGAUACCUUUCGAUUUGAAGAGAAUAGACAGUGCCAGCCAAUCACAAGACUCGCUGGUCAUCAAAAUGCUAGAUUUAUGCAAAAGAUAUAUUAAAUCUACAGGAAAGGAAAGAGACGGCGCUAGCUUUCUUAUUGCUCGUUUAUUAUCACGGCAAGAUUUGUGUGAUGACCAUCUUAUUCCUUUCAUUGAAUGGGCAAAGGAUAAACUGACCAACACAACCGACGUGUUUGAGGUGGCAGGUAUACUUCAAAGCCUGUGCAUUGUCUAUCAACUCUCACCUCGUCAAACCCUUUUACCUACUCUUGACGAACAUGUUAUGCCAUUAUUAACAAUGCCAAUAUUUGACACAUAUGCCAAUAAUUCACUUAUCAGAAAACUGAGAACCAAGCUAACUCAGCGUGUUGGUCUUGCUUAUCUAAGGCCAAAAGUGGCAGCAUGGAGAUAUCAAAGAGGAAAUCGCUCACUAAAGCAUAAUUUGGAAGGUUUAACCUCAACAGUUGUUGCAAAUCAGCAAAUAAAACACAAAGAGGAUGAUGAUGGCGAAGAAGAAGUCUCAGAGAACCUCGAGAUAAUCAUAGAGAUUCUACUGAACGGAUUAAGAGACAAGGACACCAUUGUAAGAUGGUCUGCAGCCAAGGGCAUUGGACGAAUUACACAAAGACUUCCUCGGGAAUUAGCGGAGGAUGUGAUAAGCUCUCUGCUAGAGCUAUUUAAAGAAAACACAUUUAUAAAAAAAAGCACAAACACUUUAGACUUAUCUGCAGUUUCUGACAGCACAUGGCACGGUGUGUCUCUUGCGGUUGCAGAACUUGCAAGACGUGGAUUACUUUUACCAAAACGAUUAAAGGAAGUGAUCCCAUGGGGCCUAAAAUUCGAUAUCAAAAAGGGGUCUCAUUCAAUAGGUGCACAUGUGCGAGAUGCAUGCUGUUAUGUCUUUUGGGCAUUUGCCAGAGCAUACGCUCCUGAAAUUAUCAAACCCUUUGUUCAGGAAAUUGCCCAAAACCUGGUUGUUGUCUCAGUCUUUGAUCGAGAAAUCAACGUACGUCGUGCAAGCAGUGCUGCCUUCCAAGAGAAUGUCGGAAGACAGGGCAUAUUUCCACAUGGUAUCGAUAUUAUACAAGUAGCAGACUAUUUCUCAGUAGGAAACAGAAAUAAUGCAUUCUUGAAUAUUGCUGCAGAGAUUGCCAAAUUUGAGGAAUAUAGAUAUCACUUGAUCGACCAUCUUAUCAACAUUACAUCUAAGCAUUGGGAUAAAGCGAUGAGAGUUCUCGCUUCGAAAGCCUUGUAUAACCUUGCCCCACUAGAUCCAAUCUACUUUAUGAACUCAUGUCUCCAAUCUUUAAUACCCUCCUGCACAAGUACAGAUAUGCAAAUAUCACAUGGCGCCUUAUUAGCGAUUGCCGAGAUUUCAUUAUCACUAUGGCAGACGAAUGACCCUAAAGUUCAAAAACUAUUUCAUCAACAAGCUCCUUUGCUCGUUCCUAUUCUAUCUAACCUGCCUUUUCGCUCACUUACAACAUUUGGCUCUGAACAUAUACGAGAAGCCGCAUGUCAUUUGAUUAGCUGUCUUUCUGCUACUGGUAUAGCAUUUGAUAACUAUCUUCCAGACGUCAAGAAGAUCAUAUGGAGCUCGCUAGAGCGAAAAGAGGAAAACGUUCAAGAAUUUGCAGUUGUUGCAUUUGGAGCUGUUGCAAAGGCUUUUGGUAUUCAAGGACAAGAAAUUGAAGAGGCGCUGAUAAAGAUUGAAAUGACAAACCCAAUGUAUUAUGCAAGACGAGGGUUCACACUUGCUCUUGGUACUUUAGACUAUGAGCAAUAUCAUGAAUGGCUUCAUGAUGUUUUGAUGCAGCUAUGCAAAGCAUCACAAGUACAGCAAGACCAUCAGGCAAAUGAUGCAGAAGCUAAACGAAAUGCUAUCCUGGGACUGACGCAAAUCUUACGUUCGCUUAAUGAUCAUUUGAAGCAAGGCAACACGGAUCAGCGAGGUGAUGUAGGCUCUUGGGUUCGCGUUGCGACGAUGAAUCUGCUUAGGUUUUUGAUGCCAUGCAUUUCUAAAUUAGAUACCAAAGGUGAAUCAUCAUAUUUGGACAUGCAAACAACAACCCGUUUUGUGGCUGCUCUAUUGAAACAAAGUGUAGAGCGUAUUGAUAAAGUAAGGGCAUGUGCCGGACAAGCCUUGUAUGACCUAAUCUCUGAUGAAGAUAUGAACAUAUCUUCUAAAGAAAGCCUAAAAAAAUACAUUUACAGUGGCCUUAAUUGGUCAGCACCGUCAGAUAUAUACCCAACAAUGGUCCAAUUGUUAAGUAUCUCGGAAUAUAGGUUUGAAUUGCUUACUGGUCUCAUAACAAGCGCAGGUGGCUUAACUGAGUCUUUGGUACGACACUCCAGCACUUGCUUGAUAGAAUACAUGGACAGUUUGCCUAUUGAAGGAUCAGUGGAUUGUUCAUUAACAUCAUUAUUCGAAACACUUGUUGAUAUAUUUAUAAAAUACUUGCGACAAGAGCGUGUUACUUUGCCUCUGCUAGAUGUCCUUGGUCUGUUGUAUGAAUCUGGAACAUUAUUGAAUGUUGCAGAUGAAAAACUACACCUGAAGUUAUUUUUACAAACCAAGAAGGAGACUUUUAAAAGUAAAAACAUUAGAAAGAUUCUAUCCUCGAUUAAAGUUUAUACCGGUUUGGCAUCAUUGGAUAUAGUUGGUAUCAGAGUGAAAGCUUUGCAGCAGCUACUUGCUUAUUUGGUUCACUCGUUUCCUAGGGUUCGUAUUGAAGCAUCUGAUCAACUAUACACUCUUCUUUCAGUAGCAGAAGAAGAUUAUACUGAAGCUAUGGAUAUCAUUACUGGCACAGAUUGGGCACAACCAUUAGAUAUCAUCAAGACGGAAAGAGACAAACUCUAUACCUUAUUGGAUAUCCCAAAGCCUGUUCUGGUUAAAAAAUAA